AUGCGCGCUAACGCGGCUACCUCCAGAGCUAACGCGGCUACCUCCAGAGCUAACGCGGCUACCUCCAGAGCUAACGCGGCUACCUCCAGAGCUAACGCGGCUACCUCCAGAGCUAACGCGGCUACCUCCAGAGCUAACACCGCUCGCAGCUCUUGCACCAUGCUGGCCCGGUUGCUGUACUCGCUGCUGAACCGGAUGCAGGUGGUGGAGAAGCUGGCGGAGUCGCGGCCCAUCCGGAGGGCGGCCCAGCUCACUGCCUACACCCUCACCAAGGCGCGGAUCCUCGGCCAGGACACGUCCAAGCGGGUGCUGCGUUCUCAGACGCUGCGCCAGAUCCGGGACGAGGCGAGCCGGGUGCCGCGGGAUGUGGGGGACGUGACGGGCCGCAUCAGGAGGGUCGGAGACACGUUCAUGAGUGAAGUGAAGGAGGGUCUCAAGCAGGGGUCCAGGGCCAUCAAGAAGUAA